AUGUCACUUAUGCUAUCGCGGCCCUUCAUCAUCAAUAGCGAUUACUGCUCUGUCGAGAUGCCUAAUUUACGAUUAGAAACCGAUGGUACACAGGCGGAUCUACCAUCGCCUAUAGUACCUAUUGCACUUCAGUGCCAACUGGGGCGAGCCCUAACGAAAAUUCCUGGGGUGAUAGGCGGGAUCGUGACUCCCACACAAGCCGUUGCUGUCCAACAAGAAACAGAGAAAUGGCUGGCUGCAUUUCCUCCUGCCUUUCAAUUGACUGACCCCGAUACGCGGUGGGACAGUGAUUACAACUAUAUAGAGGUGCAACGAAUUCAGCUGCAUACAAUUGCCUACUUGGUGAUGCUUAUGCCAUUGAAACGAUGUCUAACUAAGAGUGUUGACCAAGGGUCCGCCAGUAUCGAGAAGAGUCUUCAGCCUACUGCCGUUGGUAUCGCCCUCAAGUUAAUGGAGGCGUCUCGCCGAUUACUCGAUUGCAUGGAGCCUUCGAAUACCAACCCCCAUUUUGCGCCAUUUGCAAUGUUUGACACGGCUGCCAUUUUAUGUUCAGCUGUGAUCCAUGAUCGACAUCGCUGUCUUCCUCAGCGAGAAAGGAUCCUUAGAGCCAUUGCAAUAGCCCUUGAUACUUUGGAACAUAUCGGCCACAGUACUAAAACCGCCGCAAUAUUCUUUUCAGUACUGACAAAGCUCGUUAACAAUCUCACGUUGUCCCCAGAAGAACAUACGAUCUUACAGCCCAAAAAACCCGCCGACUCUGCGGAAGGGCCAAAGACUUCCGAGACUCGUUUAGCCUCAGAAAACGUCUUCGGUGAUAUAAACGGUUUGCUGCCGUCGGAUGAGCUCGGGAUUGGGUUGCAUGCUUCUUUGACACCACGUUUUCCUUAUUUGGAGGGACUAGUACCCUCACCCUCAGACUUGACUGACCUUUUCAAUGUGGAUCUGGGUGAACUGGGCCAGAUCUGGGACUUGGAUAAUCUUGGCCUUAACUUCGGCCAUAAUAUCCCUGCUUGA